AUGAACAGUGUCCCCGAUGAACAGAACCAUCUGCGAAUGAACAGUAUUCCUGAUCGGCUAGUGGCAAAGAUGAACAGUGACGCGCUGAACAAUAUUCCUGAUCGUCUAGUGGCAAAGAUGAACAGUGACGCGCGAAUGAACAAUAUCUUUGUACAGUGGCAGAGUGAUCUUGCGAGGACUCUUGGAGUGGGCUGGCUCAAGUUAGAGAAUUUUAACGGAUCCAACUUUAACGCAUGGCGUCGAAAAGGGAUUUUCGGGAUGCAACUCCUAAAAAUCUACUAUGUGGUUUCUGAGGAGAAACCUAACUUUGAAGAAGACUCUAAGUCUGAAGCUUCUUUAGCUAAAGAUGAUCAUUUAUGCAGGAGUUAUCUUCUUAACUGUCUGGCUGAUCAUCUGGCAGAUACUUACACCAACAAGCCCUCUACAAAGGAAAUCUGGAAUGCUCUGGAGGAGCAAUACAAGGAUAAGGAGAAGCUUUCCAAGUCACACGUCAUUGAUAAGUUUUUGGGCUUCAAAUUUGAAGAUGACACUGAGAUUUUGCCUCAAGUCAAAGAGCUUGAAAUGCUUGUUAUGAAGCCGAAGGAUGAAAUGAUUAAUCUUUGUCAAACAUUCAUUUUUGGAGCAAUUGUCAACAAGCUUCAUCCAUCUUAUACUUGUGAUUUCAAGAGCUUCGUCACUGGAGGCGGCAUGAAGUACUUCAUCACCUUCAUUGAUGACCACUCUCACAUCCGCUACAUCUACCUGCUGAAAUCUAAAGAUGAAGCCUUCAGCAAGUUUGUCGGGUUUCGUACUUGA